CGUUUUAUAUUAUCAUAAUUCUACAACUAUAAUGGGCUCAGGACUGGGAAUUGAACAGCUUGAUUACUAUUCAUCCUUUAAGCUUUCAAUGAAGGAUGGCCUACAACAACUAACUGAUUCUGGUCUAGAAGUUCUACAGAUCCUACCACCUUCCACAAAAACCACAAAAACAAUAAUAGCUUCCUGCACAGUUAGCCCAGGUGCUACCAGUACUUGUGACGCUAACAACAAUAAAAUAACAAAAUCAAAAUCAAUUCAACUCAAAAGAUCAACCAUCUUUUUAUCUUCAUGCACAGAUACCCCUGAUUCCAAUUCCAAUUCCAAUUCCAAUUCCAAUUCCAAUCUACUUCUAGACUCAGACUCAGAUUAUCUUGCUUGCCAUUCUCGAUCUUACUCUCAUUCUCAUCACUACCAGGCCAGAUCUCUUAAUUUUCAAAACUCUGGCGACGACAUAUCUGCUUCACCUACUUCUACUCUCAGCGAAGCCAAUCUGGCAAUGGUGACAACAUUACUACCUAAUCAUCUGUCCAUCUCAAACUCCGUCUCAAAAAUACUCAACACCUACUCUGAUACCGUAAACUCUCAACAGGGAAUCAUCAUAGACCCAGAUGUCUCCACCUCUUCAAAAUACACCAUCAAGUCUGUUCGCAGCAUAUCAAUAAGCAGUCUUGUUUUCCUCACUUCUACAUCUUCAUCUGCAAACUCGAACCGUCUAAAAAAUAAUCUUGAUUUCAAUCUCAAAACCAAAAACUGCUGGCUCAAUUUUUACACUUUGUUUUUAACUUCCAUUCUCUUGCUCUCCAUUAUAUCCCUAUAAUUAUUUUAAUCAUCCAUUUUAGUCUUAUUUUCAUUUUGUAUUUCCCUUAUGGUCUCAUUUUCAAAUGCUGAUUCGCGCAUGUACACAUGCGCUUACAUAUGCAUACUCAUGCGUGUAUAAACAAUACGCACCAAAACUGUUUGCGCUCAUGGUUGCAUGCAAGCCCUCAUCUAUCAGUCAUGUGAUAUACCUCAGGGCUCUUUGCUAUAGGUAUCUUUUCUUUCUUCUUCAUCUUAGUUUCAAAUUCGCGACUGCUUUUCAUU